AUGUGCAAUACAUACACGAUAAUUCUAAAGUGUAACCACAAACAAAAUUACACUUACCGCUGUCCCUUAUACCUUAGUUCACCUCAACAAAAGUGCGUUAAAACCCCUCCAACUAUUGCUCAUUACUUUGUGAGCUGCCGCAAGUGCCGGGGCCAGGAUAGUGACGACUUUGUGGUACACUGGGUGGAGAGGGAAAACGAGUCUACUAGUGAUACUGUUGGUGGAAAGGAAGGGACCUGGAGAAAGGGUGAGGAUAUCAACUAUAUGUUGGCCAUAGGGACCUUUGAAAUUGUGGCAAAUGGAGAUGACACUGGCAGGGUGAAGGGCGUUAGGGUAUAUGAGAAUGGAACGGAAGAGGCACGACGCGAGAAGAAAGGGUUGAAGAAUGUUUCUCUAGAUCUUUCUGGAACAAAUAAGGCAAGCUUUGACGCUGGAUCAUCGCACGAUAUAUACGAUCAGAAAAAUGCAAGCACGCAAGAGCUCAAGCUUGACGGGUUGAGAACGCAAAAUCUUUCGAUAAAGGGCAAACCCAAAAAACCCAACGUAUUUGGUAGCUUACGGAAAAUGAUCGUUCGGCCGAGGAGUGAGCAGGACACCGCAGCAACAGGUGAGCAUAAAUCGCCCACACAGGGUACUGUCAAAACAAAACUCAAUAGGUUCAAUACGAUCACUGGCGGUUUCCGAGGAGGCAAGAAGAGCGAAGACAUGGAAGAAGAGGGUUCUCUGUCUGCAUCGGCAGAUGAUUGGAGGGUUGAUGAUGCUACAGGGUACGAGUAUCUUACGCCAAAAGAAUUUCUCGACCUUCAUUUUAAAGGUGUAGUUUCAGGCAGCAGUGGUACAGAUGCUACGGUAUUAAAUGCGAUUUCGGCACCUAUUGAUAUACCUCUAAAACGUCAAGGUGAUAGAUCACAGAAGCGGACUGCCGAGAAGCGUGCUGGAGAAUAUAUGAGUGAAAUCGGUCGAAAUCCCUUUGCGGACAAUUCAGCAGUUGUCGACUCCUUCGUCAGGGACUCUGCAAUCUCUGACGUUGAAAACAGUUACCAGGAACGGACAUCAGAUCGAUGGAGCCAUGAUACUCACUCAAGUGGACGAGGAAGAAUGAGCCUGGAAACCGAAUUUUCUCAGGCCGAUGAGGAACGAAUGGAAAACAUCACCGAGGCAGUCGAUGGAGAUACAAUUAAUAUAACGCCGGGCAAUAUCGAUGAUGUACUUGCAGUUUGGAAAGGAAGGUUUGGCACUUCAACGGCUUCGUCACCUAUUCGCAUACCUCCUCGGCCUCAUGCUUUGAGUCAUUCGGUACACUCUCGCAGUAUUGAAGCUUUGCCGAUCUCUAUACCUUUUCGGUCUCAAGGUUCAAGUUUAGAUGUCACAGGCUGUAGUGCGAGCUUACCAAAUACUCAUGGGGACGAGAAGAGAAUCAUCAAAACUCAGUGGGUGCAAGAGAAUGCUUCCGAAAAAGUAUCUUCCUCGCCUUGUGCAACGUUACAGCCUGCCGUGGAAUUUGUUAAGCCGCCGGGGUGUUUUGAUAUGCAGCAGGAAAACAACACGAUGAAAGAACAUUUUCGGGAAUUUGCUUUACCUAAGAGGAGCAAUACGGGAGAUGCACCACAUGCUCGAUGCCCCCCAGACCUAUCAGAGGAAUUUCCUUCUCAGGGUUUCGCUUUUCCCAAAAGAAGUAAUACAGGAGAUGUACCAUAUCCUCGACAACUCUUGGACAAGACGAAUGAACUUCCACACGGUUUUUCUUUCCCCAAAAGGAGUAACACAGAGAACGGUCCACAUUCUCGACAUCCUCUAGCUCAUGAAAUCACCCGCAACAACACCCUCACCAGUAGCCCCCUAUCUCCAACAAGAAACCAACCCGCAUUACCAGAUAUACAAGAGCCUGCACAGGAAACCAUCGCUGGCACACGAUACUCUUUUCUGCCCUCAUCUCCUACGAUUGUAUCCCCACCCCGGAAAGGCAAACAAAGCGAGCAAGGUCGCCAAUCACCUCGAAUCUGGAAUAGGAAAGGUACACCCAUAUCAAAGUCCGAACCUCGUACUAAUCUACUGGUACCAGAGAGAACAAUCGACAGAAUGUCUACCAUGACAACGAUUUCACAGUUCAUACCUUCGCGAAACGAAGGGGCUGAUGAGGAAAUUACGACGAAUUUUGUGUCUCCUUCUAAGACCAUUAUUAAAGCGCCUCGACGACGAAUGGGCAGUCCAAAUGUGCAGCCUCGUCUUCAAAAUCCUAUAAUAUUUGUUCCCGAAGUCCCUGCCAUUCCAAAAACAUACGCGAAACACGUCGCUGUUCUUCCUAAGAUUGGUAGAGAUGCAAGUGGCAGAUUUUCCGUAGAGCAUAUCAGAGAAGACGAGCCAGCGCACACAGGUGGUAAGGAGGAACUUGGAGAAGUAUUAGAGGAAAAACAAGGAGAAGAUUCGGUAGAUAUAUACGCGAACCACACGAUAGGGACUUGGGAUGCUGUGUUGAGGAAUAGUCCGGGCGAUGUGAGUCCUCUUAGUUCGUGCGAGGAUUUGAAUAGGGUUGUGAGUCCGGUUAGUCCUGUUGAGGGAAAUGUGGGCGGAAAGGCUCGGGAUGGGGAGGGGAGGGAUGGAUAUCUGAGUGGAGAGAUGUGUGAAGAGAGCCCGGGUUUAUUAUCACGGCUUAUACAUCCGUCUACAGUCUCUCCCUCUCAGAAUCUACCUCUCUCUAUCCUCACUCCGCCACAAUCUCCUCAGUCUCUUCACCCACCACAACAACACCUCCACUCUCCCUCUCCCUGUCAAUCUCAAUCUCCACCAUUUCUAAAACGCACUCCCCAGUCAACCCUCUCAAACACAAUCCCCCCCAUUCCCCCCCUCCACAUCGACCCCAGCGUCCCCCUCAUCCGGCCUCUCCAAAUCAGAAAAAAGAUCCCAGCACCUGCAUCAAGGAGAACAGAAACGGAGAAUUUGGAAGAGAUCGAGGCGCGGAGGAGACAGAGAGAGCGGAUGGAAGAGGAAUUUAGGAGGGCGGAUGAGAGGUUGAGGAGGUUGAGGGAUGGGAGGGGAGGUUUGUGAGGGGGUUUUGGCUUGAAACUGGGAGUUGGGAAUUGGGAGUUGAAGGAUUGGGUAGCAGAGAGGAUAGUAUAUUAUGAUAUUAUAGAUAUGAUAUUUGGCCAGGAGAAAUGUGUACGGGAGUAAAUAGUCAAUAAUGGCAGCUUGGGAGUAGAUCACAUCCGAUCCGAUCAGAUUGGAACUGGAAUUGGAUACUGGGAAUGAUGGUUUGGUAUACAUGCUCAGGAUGUAGGAUAUUGGAAUACGGUGUUAUGAAGCUAUGCAAGGUUAUGGAUGGAUGGAUGGAUAAUAUAAUGAUAUUGCUACUGCUACUGCUAUACUGGCUGGUGCUGACCGGAGUGGAUGAUGUGUUGGUUGGUUGAUUAUUUUUACAAUGGGAAUUUAAAUUUGGUCGAGUUUGAGUUUUUUGUGUUUUUGCUGCGUGGAUUUGGGUAUGUGAGG